AUGAACGCACCUUUACCGCCGGAUCCAUAUCGAGCCCUUGGUGUCGAGUCGUCCGCAGAUGCCGGUGUCAUCAAGACAGCGUAUCGGAAGCUAGUGCUGAAAUGCCACCCCGAUAAAUUUCCAGACCCCACACUCAAGGCCCAGAAACAAGAAGAGUUCCAGAGAGUGCAGCAGGCUUACGAGAUCCUCGGUGACGAGGACAGGAGGCGCGACUAUGACCUCGAGCUCAAAGCCAAGAAGCUGAAGGAAGAGCUGGCUAAAAGGGGCGGUGCUGCCACCACGAAUACAUCAGCACAUGGCCGCUACGUCAAUGUCAACAUUCGCACCGCAGAACCACCGGCCGGAUGGUCCCCGUCGAAACACUCGACAUCAAAAUCGAGCCCCUACAAGCCUUACUCAAAGGAAUUUUCGCAGUCAUGGGAGAGCGAGAUCCCAUCGCGGUCCAGAGUCUACCACGACGAGGAACGCCGUGCCCGUCGAACCGCGAGCUAUGAGAAGCCUAAGCGUGAGGAUUCUAGGGAGCGCAGGAGGCGGGAGGAAGAUCGGGAACGGGAGAAGCGAAGAGAGAGAGAGCAGGAAGACGCACGGAAAGAGGUCAAACGACAACAGAAACUGACGAAAGAAAGGGAGGCAGCUAGGGAGCGAGAACGGGAGCGCAAAGACCGGAAGAUACGUGAAGAACGAGAGGCGGCAAAGUUGAAGGAAGCCAAGAAGAUGCGCGAGAGGGAGCGCGAGAGGGACCGUGACGCGCGACGGAAGCAGGAACUCGAGGACAAGGCACGAGCCAAGUCGAAACCUUAUCUUGAGCACUCAGGCUACAGCGAGGACGAGGACGAUGUCCGGAGAAGUCGAGCCAAGAAGUCGUCCUCGCCGAAAAAGCAGUCAGACAGCCCGAGUCGAGAAAACCCGACCACCAAGCAACGAGACCGAUCAAAUCCUCGCGAGAGUGCACCAGCCGAAGAUUUGAAGUACCGCGAGACGAUGGCUUUUGCUGCUUCGUACAUGCAGAAGAUACGGAGCAAGGCCAGCAAGACCUCGCCGAGACACACUGCAGAGGUGCCUACAUACUCUUCCGCCUAUCCAGACCCCAACCAAAAAUUUGCACCGAAGCGGCGCGCGUCCGGCGAGGGGAAGCAUGCCAACGAUGAGCCUAAGUCACAUACCAUGCCUCCUGGCUACGUGCCUCAAGCUCAGACCGCGGCCUCUGUGCCCCAUCGGGUCCCCCUGAACCGAGCGUUUACUAUGCAACCGGAGCAUGAGUACAGCAGGCCAGUUGAAAAGCACAGGUCGGCGAGGAGACGGAGGUCUUUCGACGAAGAGGAUGACUACUAUCCGGUACCACCCAUCGAGACAACAUACCAUGUCAGUAGUAGAGACAGGGGCAUACCCAGGAUCAUCAACGCCAAGUACAAGGACCCGUACGCGGCUGUGCCAGGAGUGUCGUUUCCAAAAGUCAAAACGGCUCCGGCAUACGCGCCUGAGCAUGUGGCAACCUCAAGACGCUACGACGAGGACGACGUGGUGACCUCAGAAUACAGCCACAUGCAGCCGUCUUAUGAUUACAGGACAGCGGCAGUUCGCUAA